AUGGGGUUUCUCUUUCAAUCAACAUGUGAUGAGACAAAACCAAGCUGUCAGGAAUGUACCAAAAAGGGACAUACCUGCCCCGGCUACCAGAAGCAGGGCUUGCAAUGGCGAUAUGUCUUCAAGGAAAGCGACGAGUCAAACCUGCCAGUGCCACCCGCUGAAUCUCCCGAAACAAUCGCAACUGAAUCUUCUGAAGUGGAGAAUCCACCCCACAAUGAACAGGAACAUUCUCAGAAUGAGACCCAGAAUAUCUGGGAUGCAGCCUGCUCGAACAUCUUUGAUCAGUUGCCUGAUUUUGAUGAACCAAUAGAUUCUUGGUUUCACCCCGAGGCGGGAUUUCAGGAUACAGCUUUGGCAAAAUCCGAUAGUGCGGUAGACGGGUUGUCGAUUUUACGCCAACGACUGACCAACACAUCCGUUCCCUCCUUCCUCAUCCAACUGCCAGUGAUGCUAGUGCAGUAUUAUUUCCAUACUGUUUGCAAUCAGUGGUCAUCUUUUGACUGCCCACUCAAUCCAUUUAGAACCAUCAUCAGCCGGGUUUGGAGUCGAAAUGCAGCUAUUUACUUUGCUAUACAAAGUAUGUCGGCUGCAUCUUUGGCCAACGAUUUCCCAAACAUGCGAGCGAUUGGGAUACAAACACAGCAGCAAGCAAUUGCAUGCCUUAAUAAUAGUGCUCAAAGGGGCUCAGCUCAGACCAAGGAUGAUGAAUAUUUCCUAGCACUUCUCAUGAUCGGAUCUACUACUGGCUGGCACGAUGCUUCCGAUUUGGGGCUUCCAUAUCUGAGAGCAGCUCAAGACCAUCUCCUAAGACAAGAACGCCGAUGCAAAAACCCCGACUCUGCCUUAGCAAAGCAAUAUCCACUUUUCAAGCAGUGUUUGCUUUGGUGGAAUUUGUUAGCUGCUUUUGUGACGGAGGAAUCACCCAUUCUCGAUGUGGAACGCUCGACAGACAACAGUGAUACAGAUUUGUCAGUAUAUCUUAUUGAUGGACAGGUUUUACCACACCCAUGGACAGGAUCUCUGCGGUAUUCCUUGGGCCUCUUCUAUCGCACGGCAAGAGUUAUUCGGGCCACGAAAACCGCAUACCGCCGAAGGCCUGAAAACCUAGAUCCGACCUUGAUCUACUUGAGCUCCAUGGCCGAAGAACUGGAUCUCAGACAGAAGGCUGAGCAUCUUGAAGAGAAGAUUCUCUUUUCGGGCUUCUCCUUCUACUGUGGGCCUGUCGAUAUUGGUGACACCAACACGCCGCCGUCUCAUUUUCUCACAUUAGCCGAAGCAUACCGGUGUACGGCGCUUUUGCAAAUCUACCACGUUUUCCCGGACAUAUUCGAGGCAAGAUUCCGCAAUAAUCAGAGCGCGGAUGACGAAAACCCUAUCCCGGCCCUCUUUUUGUUGUUGUUCCCACUUGCUGUUGACGGAUCAUCACGCUCGGUAGAAGACGCACGACACAUGCUGGCAUUGCACAUAGUAUCCCUCUUGGAGCAACUACCUUCAACCUCUGGAACCAAGGUCAUGCAACCUAUUGUUUUGGCUUGUAUCUCUAGUGACCUUGUCUUCGCGUCUGGCUCUGUCUUGGGCGCUACUGUAGAUGCGAUUCCUAGCUUGAAUACGCUUGAUGUCGAGAUUGCCCAGGCCAGACGAAAGGUCAAAAUGAGAUUGUCCGAGCUUACCUUGAUUUUACCAAAGCUGCCAAUGCAACGCAUCUAUAAUGUGGUGCAAGAGACGUGGGACCGUGCAGACUCGGGUUCGGGGGAAUUCUGGCUGGAUGUUAUGCUGGAUUUGAAUUUGGAAACAAUCAUGGGAUGA